AAGAAUUUUUUGUUUUUAUCGAUUAACAUAAAAAGCACCAGUAAGAUAUAAAUGAAUUUCCCUGUUUGAAGGCACGCAUUAUCAUUUAUAGUUUUAAAUGCCAAAUUAAUACCAUAUAUUGUAUUGAUUUUUGAAAAAGAACUGUAUCGUAUCAUCAAAGAUUUAGCUAAGGCUUUGAUAUAGUGAUUUGUGGACCAUGUAUUGAGGGAAAAAAAUUAAUAAUAACUUGUAUUUCUUAUGUUCAUGUUUUCCACAGUGGUCAAAAAGUAAAGAUAAUUGUGUUUUUUAUUUAGAGUUUUGUUGUGUUCUUACAUUGUAUUUUUAUAAAGCUAUAUUUUUUGCUCCGUAUUCUUCAAAUGUUCAAUUAAAAUAAAUAAAUAAAUAAAUAAAUAAAUAAAAAAUGAGUUGUUAUUACCCUCCGUGUCGCUAGGGGGCAGUUUAAUCCCACGCCUGGAAAAAGUCCCAGUUUCCGGUUUUGGCCUUAUGAAUAUUAAUUGUUAGCGUCCUUUGUCAGUGCAAAUCCACAAUUUUCGUUAUAAUCGUUAUGUAAACAUAAGUUUAGACUAAUGGAAGUCCUCAAGAAUGGAGAACCAACUUUCACAGCCGAUGUUCCACAUCUGCAUGUCCAUGAUGAAGAGGAAAGAAGAACCUUUCUGCAUCAGGAGCAGCCAGAGUCUCCUCUGAUCAAAGAGGAAGAAGAGGAGGAGGAACUCUGCAGCAGCCAGGAUGAAGAGCAGCUGUUACUGAAGCAGGAGAUCAAAUCUGAAUGUGGAGAAAUUGUUGUAGUCCAGUUUGAUGACCUCUCAGAGAAACAUGUCUAUCAGGAGGAGACUGAUGAUGAGCAGCUACACUGGAAUCAGGCCAGGAGCUUCAGUCUGGAUGAAGAGGAACCUGAGCUUCCACAGAUAAAGGAAGAGUGGGAAGAGCACUUCGUCAGUGAGGAAGGGGAGCAGCUUGAACUGAAGCGGGAAAAUGAUGCUUUUAUGAUCACUGAGUAUGAUCAGGAAAAGAUGAAGUCCAAACCAGAACCAAGUGGGAACACAAGUCUGGAGGAAAAUGCUCAGAUCGGAGAAAGUAAUUCUGUGACUGUCCAGCAGGACACUUCUUCACAUGACAGCCUUUUUUGGUGUGGAACAUGUGGAAAAGUUUUUAAUCGACGACGCAGUUUGACUGAUCACAUGAGAAUCCACACGCGUGAAAGGCUUCCUUGUGAAAUUUGUGAAAAAACCUUUUGCCACGCAAACAGUUUGCUCUGUCACAUGAGAACUCACACAGGUGAGAGGCCUUUUAUUUGUGAAGUAUGUGAAAAAGGUUUUAUUAAAAGGAUUUACUUAAAGAUGCACAUGAGAACUCACACAGGUGAAAGGCCUUAUACCUGUGAAGUAUGUGAAAAAACAUUCGUUAGAAGUUGUCACUUUAAAAUCCACAUGAGAACUCACACAGGUGAGAAGCCUUUCACAUGUGAAAUAUGUGCAAAAAGUUUCAUUAGAAGAUGUCAAUUAAAUGUUCACAUGAGAACUCACACAGGUGAGAGGCCUUUUUCUUGUGAAAUAUGUGAAAAAAGUUUCACUCAAAGUUGUCAACUACAAGUCCACUUGAGAACUCACACAGGUGAACGGCCUUUCAGCUGUGAACUAUGUGAAAAAAGUUUCACUAAAAGUAUUCACUUGAAAGUCCACAUGAGAGCUCACACAGGAGAGAGGCCCUAUACUUGUGAAACAUGUGGCAAAAGUUACGCUCAAAGUAGUUAUUUAACUGUCCACAUGAAAACUCACACAAGUGAAAGGCCUUAUACUUGUAAAAUAUGUGGAAAAAGUUACACUCAAAGUUGUCAUUUAUCACUUCACAUGAAAAAAGCUCAUUCAGGUGAGAAGCCUCUUACUUGUAAAGUAUGAUAAAAGUUUUAAAGUACUUCCUCAAGAUUUCAUUGGAAAACUCACACCUGUUUCUCCUGAAAUAUACUCAAAGAUUACAUGAGUAAAAUGGGUGAAAGGUGUUAUUUUGUAUAAAGUGUAAAGUUUUUUUUCCAUCUUCUCCAUUAACUAUCUACAAAAGAAAUCACAAAAUUGUAAAUAUUUGUUGUAAAUUAUGUGGAAUCUGUUUUAAUGAAAGGGAUGCUUUGACUGCUAACUUGAGAGUUCACACAUCUGAAGAACCAUGGUUUACAAUCCAAAUACUAAAGUUAAUAUUCAGUCGUCUGAUUGUUACAAAAAGUGCCAACUGUUGAAACUGACUGCACCAUGUUCUGAAAAUAGAAAGGUAUUUUUUUUCUUUUAUGUGUAAAUAAUAGUUCCAUACAUGUAUUUAAAAUAUGUAAUUAAACACAGCUAUGAUGAACUACUCAAGAAGA